AUGAAGUUGUUCGUUAUUUAUUCCAUUGCUUUCGUUAUGGUGGUGGAUUAUUGCAGUUCGCAACAGCAGAACUUUGAAAGGAAAAACUAUAGUCAGUCGAAAAUUGUAAAACAUGAAAAUAAUAUUGGACUAGCUAAUUAUAAUUUUGCAUACGAAACGAGUGACGGCUCGUUUAGGGAGGAAAAGGCUGAACUGAAGAAUGCUGGGAGCAAAAAUGAAGCUAUAGCCGUGCAGGGGUCUUACACGUAUGUAGGAACUGAUGGCAUAACCUACAAAGUUACUUAUGUGGCUGAUGAGAAUGGCUACAGGGCCACUGGCGAGCACCUUCCCAAGAAUCCUUCGAGAUAA